GCUUGGAGCUAUCCUUGAUUGCUUAAUCUGUAGUUAGAAACACUUUACCACGAACCGCCUGCGCAACACUUCCUGGGCUCCGGGGGUCUCGGACAUGGAGGACAGGCAGAGCAGCAGCAGACGCUCCUCGUCUCAGUCCCAGUCCCCUCUGGACACGCCCUGGAGAGCCAUGGUGGAGUACCUGAAGAACGUCCUGCACAACACGGUGUCCCUGAAGGUCCGGGAGUGGGUGAAGGACUACUGCAGGAAGAACGGCCUGCUGACCCUGUCCGUGCUGGCCGUGGUGACCGGCUGCGUGGUGGGCUUCAUGCUGAGGAGCCUGAACUUGUCCACUCAGGCCAAGAUCUACUUCUCCUUCCCAGGAGAGCUGCUGAUGAGGAUGCUGAAGAUGCUCAUCCUUCCUCUCAUCACGUCCAGUUUAAUGUCCGGUCUGUCAGCCAUGGACACCAAGGCCAGUGGGCGUCUGGGUCUGCUGACCAUCACAUACUACCUGUGGACCACCUUCAUCGCUGUGAUUGUGGGGAUUAUCCUGGUUCUGGUGGUCCAUCCUGGGACGGGGACUGAGAAGGAAGGACACAGAAUCUCGGGGGGUCCAGUCAUGACCUCCGCAGAUGCUCUGCUUGACCUCAUCAGGAACAUGAUCCCUUCCAACCUGAUAGAAGCCACAUUUCAGCAGUACAAAACGGAUCUGGUGCCAAACGUCAAGAGCAUCCCGCUCGACUCCCAAGCCAACUAUGUUUACAUCAUGCCGGACUAUGAUAACCCUAAAAUGGGCCACCCGGUGUUUCUGGAGCUGACUCCCGCUCCGGAGAUCCACUACAAGGUGGUUCCCGGGAAGAGCAGCCAGAUGAACGUCCUCGGCAUCGUCAUCUUCUCCGCCACGAUGGGUCUCCUGCUGGGCCGGAUGGGUGAGAGAGGAUCUCCGCUGGUCAACGUCUGCCUCUGCAUCAACGAGUGUGUGAUGAAGAUCAUCAACGCUGCCAUGUGGUAUUUCCCGUUCGGUAUCGUGUUCCUGGUUGCAGGGAAGAUUCUGGACAUGCAUGAUCCGGUCAUCCUGGCGGAGAAGUUGGGGAUGUACUUCAUGACCGUUCUGGCCGGCCUGUUUGUGCACGGAGUCAUCCUGCUGCCCUUGUUCUUCUUCCUCUUCACUAAGAAGAACCCCUUCAGCUACAUCCGCGGCCUGCUGCAGGCGCUGGUCAUUGCACUGGCCACUUCAUCCAGUUCGGCCACUCUGCCCAUCACCAUGAAGUGUUUGUUGGAGAACUGCCAUGUGGACCGUAAAAUCGCUCGGUUUGUGCUGCCUGUGGGAGCCACGAUCAACAUGGAUGGAACGGCUCUGUAUGAGGCAGUGGCUGCUAUUUUCAUCGCCCAGGUCAACGAGUAUGAGCUGGACUUUGGACAGCUAGUGACCAUCAGUAUUACGGCUACAGCCGCGAGUAUCGGAGCAGCCGGGAUCCCGCAGGCUGGCCUCGUUACCAUGGUGAUCGUCCUCACCUCGGUGGGGUUACCACCUGAUGACAUCACACUUAUCGUCGCCAUUGAUUGGAUCCUAGAUCGGUUCCGCACCAUGAUCAACGUUCUGGGGGAUGCGCUAGCUGCAGGAAUCAUGGCCCACCUGUGCAGGAAAGACUUCCAGCCCAACGUCCCCAGAAACAACGAUCAGAGGAGAGACACAGUCACAUCCUACUACGGAAACCAGAGUGUGCAGAGCAUCCCCUCCUCCGAGGUGCCUCUGAUCGCCAACCGAGACUACAUCCUGGAGGUGGUGGGCGACCAGGUGAUAGAGAGACCAACCGCUUUCUACAACCUCUGCCAAGUCUGAGUCUCUCCGAGGAUCAUCUGCAGGAAACCGCUGCCUUCGACUUCACCGGAACCUUCCCGCCCUCUUCCUUCUCCUUUGCUUCUGGUCGUGCCAUUCUGAGUCUCCCUUACGCCAGAAACUGUUCCUUCAACUUCUGCACACACCUCCAGGGAACCAGUGAGAAACCACCCAGGAACCUCCGGGAAACCUGUAGGAAACCUCCAUGGGAACUUCUGAGGAACCUUCAGGGCCCCUUGGCAGAACCAAUGAGGAACCUUAAUAAGAACCUGUGAGGAACCUUCAGGGAACCUCUGGGAAAACUGUGAGAUGAAAGCUGAAGUUCUGAGAUAUACUUGAGACGUCAUGUUCGAGUACUUGAUUCUUUUUGUAUUUUGUAAAUUAGGGAUUUUUUAUUGAUCUAUAUAUAAAUAUAUUUCUGUAUGUACGUACGUUCUAGCGUUGCCUUAAAAUGCAGCAAAGUUUCAAAUCAAUGAGUAUCAAUUAGAUUUCAGUGACUUUUCAGCAAAAAAGUAAAUCAGAUUUACCGUUUUCUACUCAACAUUACAGAAACAAUCAGCCAAGAAAGUUCUGCUCAUUUAUUUUUGCACUGGAGCUAAAAAAGUAGUGUUAGCUUUGCUAACAAGACACCAGUGAGUCACAGCACCAGAAACCAGGCCAGCAGUUAGCAGUUAGCACCAUGCUAACUUUCAGAAUAUACACUUCCAGGACUUGUUAGCAACAUUAGCCUCCAAGAUCCAGCGCUACUUAUUUGGCUAUAAGCUUCCAUAACUUACCUAUCUUAGCCUGAUAGCUUCAGUGCUAACUGCUGGGGUUUGAGUUUUGUUAGCUACCUUAGCCCGAUAGCUUCCGUGCUAACUGCUGGGGUUUGAGAUUUGUUAGCUACCUUAGCCCGAUAGCUUCAGUGCUAACUGCUGGGGUUUGAGGUUUGUUAGCUACCGUAGCCCGAUAGCUUCAGUGCUAACUGCUGGGGUUUGAGGUUUGUUAGCUACCUUAGCCCGAUAGCUUCAGUGCUAACUGCUGGGGUUUGUUGGCUACCGUAGCCCGAUAGCUUCAGUGCUAACUGCUGGGGUAUAAGCUUCCAUUUGUUAGCCACUCAUAGCUCCAGUGCUGAAACUAAAGAAGCUUUAAAGGAGAAAUUCAGACUCCAGACAUGUCUUGGCUAAUCGCAGCAACGAGGUGAGAAAACUGAAUUUGAACUCUGAGACCCGUUAUGACUGUUAGCGUCUUCAGCGCCAGCAUUACAGAGCCAGGACGUGCGCUGCAUUGUGCUACUGAGGACGUUGAAGACUGGAAAUGUUUUUAGGUGUAAGUGACGAACUGAGCGCACAGCAGAGGUUAGACGACAGCUUUCUGCUGACGUCAACUCUGAGCAGGAACACGUUCUUCACUGUUUUCUAUUAAAAACAUGAAAAUACUUG